CGCAACUCGCACACAAACUCACACCACGCAGCCAUGGCUUCUGAACCCGGCCGUCCCAAGAAGGGAUUGUCUCUGUAUGCUGAGUUACUUGAUCAACCUGCUGAUUCACCUGGCGUCAUCUCGCGCGCUCCUGUUGUCUUCAAGCAGAGCUUGGAGACUGAGCCGCAGCCCGGCGAUACGGACAAAAAGCCACUACUGAAAGAUCCUGCUCUACGCUUUCAACCAACUCGACGCCCACAGCAAUCAGCUUCUAAGCCCAAACCGAAACAUUUACCCAAGGCAGCGCCGCAGCCGCAGCCCUCAGCCAAGCAAGCUUCGGUGCCGACAAAGAGUACCUUGGCCGACUGGGCUGCCUUGGAAGACGACGAUUACGGUUAUACGCGCGAGAAACGGCAACGCGGCGGAAGAAAGAAGCGUAAGAAGCAUGUUGAAACGCAAGUCUAUCAGAACUGGGAUGGUCUUUACGAUCCCCAUCGACCCUCGAACUAUCAGCAAUAUCGAGAGAGUGACGAAAGAUUUGGUCAACCGCGUGAAUGGAAGAAUUACUUGUAUGCGCAUCGCAGCAAGCGCUCCUUAAGCAGAGAUUCGGAUAGCGAUGACUAUGACCGGUCGAGCAUGCGACAAUUCACCCCACCGAUCAGCUUCGCGCCGCCGCCAAAUCUCAAUGACCUGCCACCGACAGCAGUGGGCCCCGAUGACCCGACUGGUGAGGAUGCAUUUGCUCGCCGCGCCGCCUUAGGACAGCACUCCAACAACGAUUCUACCAUCGGCCACGUCCCUCUCUCACCUCACCCGCCUCCCGAAGCACACACUCCAGUGCCCGAUAAUCUCGCUGCUCAAGACGAAAACAUGCGGCGCCCACAGAAUGCUGAGAACCAACCAUCCGGACAAAACAUAUUACCUCCUCCACCAACCCGUCCUCUGGACGCCUUCCAGCCCAGCUCCGCCACGAUAUCACGGGCUCCAGUUCGGUACAAUCUCCCACCCCCGCCCGAUGAUAUCCCCGCCUCCCAGGCCGAACUUGACGCUGUGUUGGCCGAUGAGGAACCGGCGGACAGGGAGGAAGAAGAUGACUCCGCACCACGAUCGCUCCGUCCCGGUCAGAAAGGCUUUGCAGAGCGACUACUUUCCAAGUACGGUUGGACGAAGGGAUCUGGGCUCGGCGCUACCGGCUCCGGUAUGGUGAAGCCCCUGCAAGUCAAGGUCGAGAAGCGAAAGAAACGGCCGGAUUCCGAGGGUGGCGGCUUUGUCACUCCCGCCGGACGGGGCAAGAUUAUCGGUUCCAACAAAAAAGGCGAAUACGAGACCAGCAAGUUUGGCCCUAUGAGCGAAGUUAUCAUUCUCCGGGGAAUGCUGGAUGGCAUGGACCUGGAUGCUGAGAUGGAGGGAAGUCACAAUGGCGGCAUAAUGCAGGAGAUCGGGGAGGAAUGUAAUGAAAAGUAUGGAACUGUCGAGCGAGUUUUCAUCGCUCGCGACGCCGGAACCCCAGUCCUCGUAUUCGUCAAGUUCACCAGCCCAUUGUCUGCGUUACGGGCUGUGAAUGCACUUGAAGGCCGUAUCUUCAAUGGGAACACAAUCAUGGCGCGGUUCUACAACCCUGAGAAAUUCGAGCAAGGAAUCUACACGAACUAG